AAUGCCAUCAUCUCUGGAAAGAUCUGCGAUGUUGAUGAGACGAGAAUUACUUAGGUUGGAGCGAACAAGUUCUUCGUCAACAAUGGAUACAACCCGAUGACCUCCCUCUAUGCCAAUCGAAGGUACUUCACAUCAAUCCGACCAGGAAGUGGCAAUCGAACCUUGUUGAACGUCAACACCGCAACUUCUGCUUUCUUCAAGCCCAUCAGCGUGACUGAUUUCGAGCGAAAUCUGGAACACGAGGAAGGGAGACCGAAGCACUACAGCCGUCGCCAGGUUGAGAGGCUGUUGCGGGGAAAAGUACUGAGGAUUGCUUAUGAGCGGCCUCAGUUAGCAGGAAAGCCUGAUCCCGACCUUGACCACCACAGGCUGAAAGUGUUCCAAAACUUUGGACAAUCUCCUCCGAGUCAAAUAUUCACUAAUAAGCAGACCGGAACAAAAAUAAAUGUUCAAGCAGGGUAUCGAGAGUGCGGUAUCGAAUUGAAGUACCCUAAUUGGCCACACGUCAACGUUGGAAUUCCUGGUGCAAAGGACUCUAAAACUGGCGGCUUGUGGAUUCCAGGAGAACUGCUCGAAAUUGUGCCCAACCAAUUCGUCGGCGAGACACUGAGUAAGACCCAUAACUCCGAUAUGAUGAAACACGCUCUUCGUAAACCGUUCGAGAGUGUUAAUUACAUAUUCAAUGAGGGCCUUUACUUCCUAGAGAUUAGUCCCGAUAGAGUAAAAUCUGGUAUGUUGAUGUUGUGGUCUAGAUGAAGGUCAGUAGAGGGCAGAUAAAUUACUUCAAAAACGUCGACUUGAAGAGCCCUUCCGUGGUAAGGAGGACAUGGAGCGCAUCGAUAGCUACAUGACAUA